UUGGCCGAGUUGGUAAGACGAUACGGAAGAAAAGCAACGGUGAAGAGAAUGAAAAGUCAAGCAUUUAGUUGCCUAAAAACGCUAUGUGUGGAUGGAGUGUGUGUCCACAGAAGUACAUAGAAUGAAUUGAAACUGAAGACCAGUUGGCAAAAAAAAACCAAUUUGUUUUUUUUUUGUGAAAUUCUAAAUUUACAAAUGGAAUGCUGUGCGCAAAAAAUGUGAAGAAAAAAUUAAGUUUAUGGAAAUAUGUAUGUACUCGUAACUGUGCGAAAGAAAAUUUGUGAAAUUCUACAAGUCUAUAUAAAUUAGACGAGCAGAAGAGGACGAUUGUUGAAUAAAUAAAUAAAAAAUAAAUAAAUUAUUUCAGUCUCCCAAACGCUAGAGGCACACAAUUUGUUGUGAAUAUGAAUAACAUUUUGAAAAAAUUUCAAAUAUUUCUGUUUAUUUUAAUUAAUGCAAACGAUGAGAAACAACUGCUAAGCAGCAGCGAGUAAGAAAAACGAAAAAAAAUCAACUGCUUAAAUUUGUGACUGCCAAACAAAUGCUAUUGCAACAACAAAUUCAUACAACGAAAAAUAAUAAAAAGUAGCCAAUAACAAAACGCAUUCAAAAACGAGUUUCCUUUUGAUACAAGACUUAAAUGUCCGACUGUGUUUUUGACGCGCCCGCCGCCGCCGCGCACUACGCCGCCCCUUGAUUGUAUGUAUAGUAAGACAAUAACAAUAAAAAGUGCAACACAUAAAACAACAACAUCAACAAACUCAAACCACUUUUUUGCGUGCGCAAUUCGCCUGCUGCAUUUCCUACUUUUUUAACUCCAUCUGUCGUCGUUGAAGAAGUGCCUUAGUAGUUUGGCAUUGGUGUUGGUUGCUGCUGCUACUUCUUCUUCUUCUUCUUCGCGCCCAGCAUUGCAGCUGCAAUCCGCCGCAACUCUCAGCACGUUUUUGUCUUUGUUUCGCGUGUAUUUGGUUUAUUAUUGGCUAUAAAAAUCGUUAAAAUACACACAUAUAUUAGCGAACUGCGCGACUGUAACAGCAACAACAACAACAACAACAAAUGCAACAGCAACAAACCAUAAAAAGUGGUAACAAAACCAGCAUUGGCAAACUUGGCAAACCAACGACGAAAAACUACAAAAAAAGGACAACACAAAAAACAGAAUUACGACUGCAACAAAAAAGCGCAAUUGGCGGCAUUUAAAGUGCGAAAAAAAAGUACGUGGAAAAGCCGUUACGUGAAAAAUUCUAGAAAUUCAGCAAAGGAAAAAACGUAGCAGGAAAAACAACAACGAAGGCAAAUUGAAUAACAAAGUUUCGGACGCAUAGUUGCAGGAAAAAGUGUGAGAGACAGUGGGCGAAAUUGUGUGUUUAAUGGCCUUUUUUUUUUUUAGUGAAACUGCUUUAAGUUGUAUGGUAUUGAAUAAAACAUGAUCGGUGACACAAUUUUGUGUAGAAUUCGUUUGUGAGCAAAGAAAAGGUUUUGCAGAUUUUUAUCGUCAACUCGCUAAUAGCAAGGAGUUAGGCUGCAACGUUUUUAAAAAGGUCAUUUUAAUUCGCGUACCACUGCUAGCUUGCCUUUUAUUAUGUCAAACAAAUAAAAAUAUCUUCAAAAUUCCGCUCGGCUACAUUCAGUGCACCAGAAAUACUCUACAAAAAAACGUUCACCCAAAUCCCCAAUAGCGGCCAUCGGCAUGUUUGGCCUAUUGGGCUCCUCGCAAAUCUAUGGACUACAACAAGUGCACGAAUACAACAGCAGCGGCGAAUGCCACAUAAACAACAAAAGUGCAUCAUCGACACACAUCAGCAACAUCAACACCAACAUCGACAACAACAACGCAAAUAUCACCACUCACAAGCAACGCCGUUCCACAUCAAAUAACUCAGAGAGUGGCAGCAAAUUUUUCGCUUCACUUAGUUCCAUGCAAGGCAUCAAAUCGCCAACGAAUUUCAUUGAAAAAUUCAUUAAAAACGAAUUACUCAGCGGCUACGAAACUAUUAAAAAUUACAAAAACUUUCAAAAUUCCACAAACGCAAGUGGUUCGAAUAGCACCUUCUUUACCAGCCACCCAAGCAUAGACGAACACUCAACGGCAACUGGUUGUGGCGGUGGCAGUGGCAGUGGUGCAGGCGGUAGUGGCGCCGACAACAAUAUCGCCGAAAGUCUACUGACAAGUUUCAAUUGCCUACAGGGCAGCUAUCGCAGCAAUUGUGAUGGUGAAUUCUAUGAGCCGGUGAAUGUGCGUUCACAGCGUAAGCAAUCAGUGGCCAACACACUAACAACAACAACAGCAACAGCGGCUGUAACGCCUGCGGCGAAACGCAACACGGAAGCGGAUAUGACGAUCAAGUACUCGAAGAACUUGCUAGCCAACACCCCAGACGAACAGUCGCCUGCAACGUUGCAAAACUAUCAGAAGUUGUCGGAAUGCGAACAAGAUUUGUUGCUAACGCAAUCGAGCGGCGCGAGUUCGGGAGAAUUCAAUAGCGAUGCGAACGGUGGCAGCAGCGGCAGUAGCAAUCAGACGACAACGCCGGUGAAUAGCUUGUACAAGCGUUUGUCGUUUGGGGGUCGGGGGUCGAAAAAUUCGACGGACAAUGCGGCGAUGUCGACGACGGCAACAGCGGCGACAAACGAAAUUGCUUCCGACUACUCUUCGUCGAAUAACUCAUCCUCAUCGGCAUCCUCGACUCUCUCAUCGAAAACCACCUCAUUAUCCCUGAAAUCCAUUGACUUACAGCGCACCUCAUCCGCCUCAUCGUCGGGCGAUUGUGCGCCACUAUGCGAACGCAGAAAGUCCUCACCAAACGCCGACUCAGCUGACCCUGCCCAUUCCAGCGGCGCGCAGCAGCUGACGCCAGAACGUGCGCAACGCCGCAAACUCAUCUCAAUGAUCUCACAUUUUGAACAGCAGAAUAAGCUGCUUCAACGCGAGCUAGCAAAGGAGAAGCGGCGGCGUAGCGAAGACCUCGCCUGUGUGGCUAAGUCGCUGCUUUGCUUUGAGUCCAAGCUGAAAAAGGAUAUGAUAGCGGUGAAUCACCGCCUAUUGGAGAAGGACACGGAGAUAUGUCGCUUGGUGCAACAAAAUCGUGCGUUGCGUAAGCGACUGAUAAAAAUCACUGAGGCAGAAGGAGAAAAUGCACGCGACGAAGGCGUGGUAGAGGAUGGUGAGCCCGAGACUGAGGCUGAGGGUGAGUGUGGGGGCGAGGAUGAUGAUGAGCGAAGCGGAAAAACGAAGAAAUCAGCGCUGGAGCGUGGAACUGCGCCAGCAUCGGCGUACAGCGAUCGACAAUUGCUGGAAGACUGUUUGGUACUCGAAGCUUUGCAAUGCAUUAAUUGUAAGAAGCAAUUCUAUGACAUUGACCUUAAUGAGAGCUGGACACAGAAUACGCAGAAAGAUGGUACGAGAAAAAAUGUUGACCACACCACUGAGCACGGCUCAUCGAGUGAUGAUACAGUCUCAUCGUCGUUUUACGGAGCCCGGCGCAGUGUACGCUACACCAGCAAACGCACCUCCGGCACUUUCCGCGACUACAUGCGUUCACGUGCGAUGAACAUCGACGAUCCAGCGUUGGACAACAAUUCGGAGGAGAAUACGAGCACCAUCAGCCGCGAUGACUCGCAAACCAGCUACGAAAAGCUCAACAUCUACUCGCGCACCAUUGAACGCAUGCACGGCGUGAAGGGUGAAAGUGAACGCGAGUCAGAGCAGAGUGGCAUGGAGGGCACAGUGCGAUCUGUUUCACGACUGAGCAGCAAGAGCAGCAGCAACAGCAAAGGUAGCCUAAGCAGUUGCAGCAAAAAUAGCGCCAAGACUGCCACACCUCAGAUUGAAGAAGACGAUGGCAUAUUUUCACCCACACAAGAUGACGACUUCGAAGAGCCAGAGGAUGAUGGCGGCCGCAGCAUUAAGAUUGUGAUGCGCCGUUCUACUGACUUUUCCGAGGCUUCGCCCAAGCAAGUGUACGAAACCUCCACCGACGAUUGGUAUGCCAGCGCCUCCGAUCAGGAGGAAAUCACACCAACUACAGCCGCAAGCAAAUCGUAUGCCCACGGUGCUGUUAAUCCUGUGCUUGAGUGUGUCAAUCAGAUCCUGCUGCAGCAGUCCAUGGAGGAGCCGAUGGCCGAGCGCGCAAAUGAAGCGACCACUGCAGGCAGCAAGCUCGCGCAAUGCCUGCAAGUGGGCUACAGCAAUUCCACUUCCACAGCCAACUUGCCACGCCGCAGCUCACUGAGCGGACGACGCAGCUCGCGCAACAAUAGCCACUCUAGCGAUGGGCAGCCAUCUCGAAAUGGCACGCUGACACGCAAGCGCGUGCACUUCUCAACCAAGAAUAGCAUGGUGCAUGUGCCACGCAACGACGAACACGACGAGGAGGACGAAGAUGUCGAUGAUGACGUAGCGCAGGAUGCGCAAACUACGAACGACGCAAUGAUCUCAAAUCUAGCGCAAUAUCAUUCCAUGAGCUACUAUCCGCAAGCCACACAACAAGCCGCCUCAACAAAGACUGCAACGGGUAAUAUCGCGCGAGGCGGCAUGCUUGCCGAAGUACCCGAACACGAACGCCUCGAAACGCUUAACUAUGAGAGUAUUUAUAGCAACGAAUACGAACCGAUCGGGUCCGAGCAUAAUUCCUCAAAUCUCUAUGUAGACAUGGAGUCCACUGCUGCCAAAACAACGGCGACUAAUGCAACAAGCAACGCUGUGAGCGCAGUUGUAAAAGUACCAAAAAUACCGCCAGCAUUGCCGCCGAAGCCGGCAAACUUGUUGAAGUUCAAGAAAUCAUUGCAGCAACUUGACGAGCUGCAAGACGAACACCUGCACCAGGACGGACCUGCAGCACCUGAACCGGACUACUGCUCAAUUUCGGAGGUAAAUGUUGGCAUAACUAGUGUGCAAAUUGUCGCAGAUGUGCACAAGGCGCCCGAGUCGGAAGCUGAUUCAGAGUCAAAUUUGGGGCUUGAAGCGCCUAUCUCCGAACUGGACGCAGAAGUGUCGACGGUUGCCUCGGAUGAGACAUGCCCCGUCUCCCAAAAGACUGAUGAGAUCGAAGAGAUUUUCGCUGAUGUACCAAAACUGCCGAAUGUGGCGGCCAUAAUAGCGCCGAAACAGUCAAAGUUUCCGCAACCACAGCAACUGCAAGCGCUAAAGCGCCCAAUGCCCUCAAGUGAUUACCUAUUGAUGUCACCUAAAGUAGAAACGCCUAAUAUGAAACUGCAGAACGCGCGUAACGCCACCAUACUCAAUACUGCGACUGCGACAAAGCCGAAUUCCGCUGGCAUAAGCUCCCCAAAUAAUAAUAACAGCACACCGAAGGUACUCGGUCCCGCAACAGUGGACUACCUGAACACGCCUAUUAAAUCGCCCAACCGUCCGGACCCCAGCGCGCUCAAGCUACACCUGCAUACACCCAGCCCACUGCAAUACAAACGCAAGCAUAUGCCGAACAUACUAGCCGAAAUCAAUAAGCGCAUGAGUUUGCCCAACUCGCCAACUACGCCCACAGCGCGUCUGACAUUCACGACGCCUGCGAAGCCGGCAAGCGCCACAAAAACGACACUGCAACAGAAAUUGGAGAUUAACACGCCGACCAAUAUGCCUAUGCAAGCUGAAUUCGAUUGGUACAAUUUGGAUGCCGAGUAUGGCCGAACACCAUCACAACAACCCGAUCUGCUCAAAGUGAGCGAUACGCUCAAUAACGGCACUAUGCUCGCCGGCAUACACGAAGAUGGUGAAAGUAUUGCGACUGCAGCCGAUGAGUAUAACUUGGAUGAAGAAUUCUCACUUGCUGGCGAUAAGCCUGAUAUACUAAGUGCUGGCAGUGAGCCGGACAACGAAAGCGCCGAGGAGAAGAGCGAAGAAAGUGUAGUGGAAAAUAAAAGGACGGCAAAACCCCAGCUGACAAUCAUGAAGCACACGACGCAGGACGUUGAGAAUACUAAACUCGAAAAAGUAGCCGCUUUAAAUGCGGCCAUUUGUGAAGCUGUGAACUUUCCAAUGUUCGGUGAAAGUUCGCCGCUGGUGCCACCUUCGCCAGCAGUGGUGCAGCAGCACCAUGCUAAAGCAAAGAAAAUUAAGAAGAAUUUAGCUAACUUCGAGAAAUUCAUCGAAGGUUCGGGCUUGAGCACGAAGCCGCUACCGAGUAAGCGAAAGAUCUACUUUGCCGGGCCAUUUGUGUGAUUAGAGGAAGGCGAAAGAGUAUUUUAAACUGGGUGGACGGAUAGUAAGAGAAUGGAGAGAAAGUAAAAGCGCGCAAUGAGACAAAUACGAGUUAUUGCGGAGCUUUAGUGAUCAAGAGAGCGUCCAGCAAAGCGGUAUGCUAAGUGUGGUUUUUGUGGUUCGACUAAAUAUUAAAUUUAAUUUAACUUUAAGCAGACUUUCUCACGAUCCUAAAAUUAUUUUUUAUGUAUUUUUUUCUCGCUCAUUUUUUAAGUAUUUCUUAAAUGUAUUUUUAUUGAGUAUUUACUGUGUGAGUUUAGUUUAAAUCAAACUAUUUUUAAUUUAAGUUAAAGCUGUGGUGUCUCCUGUUUAUGUAAUUUAAUUUAAGUAAAAAAAUUCAACUAAACCCCAAAUAUAAGGUAAACAUACAUGAUUUUUAGUUUAAGUUAGUUUUUUUUUUUUUUGGAAAAUUUUCUUGAAUUUGUAGCGAAAUAAAUUACUAAAAUUCAGUUAAGUGACGAACU